CUUUCCGGUGUAUCCUUGAUGAUGAGGAAGUCAGUACGCAGCUCUAAUGGAGAAACAAAGGCAGACUGUAAAGUCGGUAGGCCUAGGAUGUGGGAACCGCAAUAAGGCCUUGAGCUUUGCCAAAUGUGUCACCAAUAGAUCCUAGCCAAUGAAAACACUGUUGCUUGCUUACCUAAAAUAAGGAUACUGCUUGCUGCUAGCAAGGGGUAUAAAAAGGCAGAUGAGAAAAUAAAGUCAGACAUCUUUUCUGCACAUAAUUAGAUUCUUUGUGUCUUUGUCGACCGUCACGACUCUACACUGACAUAAAGUCACCUAAAAAAAGAUAGAGAGGAAAACAGGAGGGAAAUUUCAUAUAAGAGAAUAAUAAAUAAUGUCAUAAUAAAUAACAUAUAAAAGUUGAUUACUUUUUAUACAAUUAAUUAAUUUUUUAAUUCUUUAAAAACUGUUUUACAUUUCUAGGCUACAAGUGGAUUAAUAUGGAGAAGGCCAUGCAUUUAAGGGAAAUACAGGGAAUGGUAAGAUCUGACAUGUCUCUUCAGAACACAUACUGAUAGUCAGACAGAAGAUUCCUUUUUCCAGGUUAUUUUCAGAAACAGUUUAACUGUUUUCUUUCAAGAAGACCUAUUUUGAAUUCAAUGAGAUGGUUAUACAGGGCCUUACUUUAAUAAAGCUUCAAGAUACUUUCACCCUUGAAGAAUCUGGCACAAAUGUAUAAAAAGUUUCCUCUUGGUUCUCUGUUCAGAAAGGAUGCUGGUUUCAUGGUAGGCAACAUGCUUCCUUCUUUGAGCAAACCUGUAUUUGUUCUUUGUUGAAGAGGUCAAUAACUAUCUGAUCCCAGGUUUGAGCGUGAAAACUGAAAUCCUUGUUGAACAUGCGAAACGCAAUUUAAGAGUCUUGGGGGCAGGACAUGUUAAUGAGGAGGAUGGGUUAUGCUAACUAGGGGAUGGACUAUGUUAACUAGGAUUACAAAGGUUUCUGCUACAGUUACACAAUUGGUUAAUAUUUCCUGUAACAAGGAUUACCUGGGGGGGGGAGGAAAAAAGGGGUUUCUACAUGCUCUGAUAACAUCAUCACAAAGUCUCUCCAUAUCUUGCUGCAGGAGACAGGCCAAUUAACAUUAUUAAAUAUCAAUAGGUCUUGUGAAGAACUGUCCUGGUCCUCAGAUGCUGGGAUUUCUCUCAGCCCCUGUUGCCCUGUGUACAAAUCGUGGGAGCAACAGGCCAACCAGAAAAGGCUUAUUUUCUAAAACAUAUCAAAUACAAAAUUGGGAAACAAAUGAGAAUUCACGAAUUUUUACCCAAUCCUCCAAAGUCUUUACUGGGUAGAGAUUUACUAGAAAAUCUGGGAACUGUAAUUAAAUUUGACAAAGGCAAACUUGAACUAACAAUUAAUAACAGCCUUAAGUUUAGCCAUAAGCUGCAUGAAACCAGAACAUAGCAAGCAAAACAUUGACCGAAUCCUAAAUAAAGUAUACCCCUAUGGGAUUGAAAGAUAGGAAAAGAAUUGAACUGAUAAUAGAGACAUUUUUUAAAAAAAUUUGAAGUUAUUAGUAGAAUGUGGAUCAGAUUUCCUAAUCCCUAUACACUUUUUUGGCAAAACUAAAAGACAGUCUGACUUGGUUCGCAGUGUUAGAUCUAAAAGAUGCAUUCUUCUGCCCUCCCUUAGCCCCAGAAAGCCAAAGGGUUUUUGCCUUUGAAUGGGAAUCUGUUAGCAAAGGGAGAAAGGCUCAAUUAAUAUAAACAGUGUUACCUCAGGGCUAUAAAAAUCGUCCAGCAAUUUUUGGGAACCAAUUAGCCAAAGAAUUAGAACAAUGGGAAAGGCCACAAGGAGAUGGCAGUCUUCUACAAUAUGUAGACGAUCUACUAAUAGCAACUGAAACAGAAGAAGAGUGUGUUAACUGGACUAUUUCUCUGUUGAAUUUCCUGGGUUUAAGUGGGUAUCGAGUCUCUCAACAGAAAGCACAGCUGGUGCAAGAAAAAGCAGUGUACCUGGGAUAUGAAAUUUCCAGAGGACAAUGAUCCCUAGGAACAGCAAGAAAAGAAACCAUCUGCCAGAUGCCCAGACCGGAAACGGUGAGAGACCUAUGAGCCUGGGAAUGACAAGUUGGUGCCGCUUAUGGAUUUAUCAAUAUGGGAUACUCGCUAAACCACUGUAUGAUUUGCUGAAAGAGGCUGAGAGUAUCCUAGUCUGGACUCCUGAAGCAGAGGGAGCUUUUAAGAGACUGAAACAAGAACUCAUGAAAGCCCCAGCCCUGGGCCUGCCCAAUGUAACAAAACCAUUUUGUCUGUUCUCUCAUGAACGGCAAGGAAUGGCUUUAGGAGUCUUGGCACAACGAUUGGGACCACACAAAUUGGAUGAGGUAAGCAAAGGAUGGCCCAACUGUCUGAGAGCAGUGGCCGCAGUCAUCAUAAACAUAGAAGAAGCCAGAAAGCUCACAUUGGGCCAGAAAAUGACUGUGUUAGUGUCCCAUACUGUAUCUGCAGUACUCGAGCAGAAAGGAGGCCAUUGGUUGUCACCUUCCAGAUUCCUAAAGUACCAGGCAAUACUAGCUGAGUCAGAUGAUGUAACCAUACAAGUCACUAACAUUGUGAAUCCAGCCUCAUUUCUAGAAGGAAGAAUGCCAGCAGAACCACUCGAGCACGACUGCCUGGAGACCAUUGAAGCUGUCCACUCCAGCCGCCUGGAUCUCAAAGAAGAACCGCUUGAAGAUGUGGACAACUGGUUCUCCGACAGCAGCAGCUUCGUGAAACAGGGAGUAAGGAUGGCAGGCUAUGCAGCGACCACAACGGAAGAGGUAAUCAAAUCAAAUUCUUUACCUGCAGGGACUUCAGCCCAGAAAGCAGAACUGAUAGCUCUUACCCGAGCUCUGGAAUUGGCAGAAGGCAUACAGAUAAAUAUCUGGACAGAUUCAAAAUAUGCAUUCUCCUUCGUGCAUGCUCAUGGAGCAAUUUGGAAAGAAAGAGGACUGCUGACUGCCCAGGGGAAAACCGUCAAACAUGCAGAAGAAAUUCUACAAUUGUUAGAAGCAGUCCAACUCCCAGCACAAGUGGCCAUAAUGCAUUGCAAGGGGCACCUGAAAGAUAACGCUGUUCCAGAAAUAGGGAAUAGGAAAGCUGACACAGAAGCUAAAUUAGCUGCUGCAAGAACUGGGGAAGUGAACAUAGCAACCUUAGUACCAGGGGAACUUGAUACUAACUUCCAACCAGAUUGUCAGGAACCAGAUCAUAGGUGGAUUCAAAAGAACAAAGGCAAAUUGUUAGACAAUGGAUGGGGACAGUUAGAAACGGGACAACUAAUAAUACCAGGGAAAUUAAUGUGGCAAUUUAUAAAAACAGAACAUGAAAAAGCCCAUUGGAGUUUAGAUCCACUUUAUCAGUAUUUACAGGCCAGAAUAGCAGGACCAGAAUUGUUCACCACCAUAAAGCAAGUCACAUCCCGAUGUGAACAAUGCCUGAAGAACAACCCAAAUACAGGAACCAAAAUACAUCAAGGAGCAAUAAACCGAGGCAAAUUCCCAGGUGAAGUAUGGCAAAUUGAUUCUUCUGAACUCCCAAGAAAAGGGGGGUAUCGAUAUUUAUUGGUGUUGACUGACACAUUUUCUGGGUGACCUGAAGCAUUCCCCUGCAGAACAAACAAAGAGAGAGAGGUAACUAAAGCUUUGUUAAAUGAAAUCAUGCCAUGGUUUGAGGUACCAAGAACUAUCUCUUCAGACAGAGGAUCACAUUUUUGUACAAAGGUUGUGAGAGUAAUAAGCAAAGCACUGCAAAUUAAAUGGCAAUUGCAUAUGUCGUACAGGCCACAGGCCAGUGGACAGGUGGAAAAUAUGAAUCAUCUUGUCAAACAACAAGUUGCUAAAAUAUGUCAAGAGACUAAUUUACAAUGAUACCAAGCUUUGCCUAUUGCUCUGAUCGGGUUGAGAGUUAAAAACCUCAAUCAAAAGAGAAACUAAGCCCAUUUGAAAUACUGUACGGUUGACCUUAUGCUAUGCAGAUUGUAAAUAGCGAUGCUGUAGAUCAAAUAGAUAAUCAGUAUAUAUAUGAUUAUGUAAUUGCUGUAGAAAAACAUUUUGAUAAAAAUGCUGCUGUAGUAGUAGAGCACCAGCCCAAACAACCUGAUUGUAAACUGCAUCUGUUUAAUCCCGGUGAUUGGGUGUAUGUUAAGAAUCUUUUAGGAAAACCCCUACAAGAGAAGUGGGAGGGACCUUUCCAAGUGCUGCUGACCACCUUCACCACGGUUCAGAUAAAGGAGUGACCCACAUGGAUCCACUAUUCUCGAGUUAAGAAAGCUCCAGAGGAAAAGCAAGAAGACCCGACAUAAUGAAUCCAGCCCUCUCUCUAAUCCUCUCAGUGCUGACCAUUGGACUCUCGAUAAGUACUAUCGGACUUGCGAAUCAUGCUGCUGAAGAUUUUCUUAAAAUUGCAGACUAUACUGGGGAUAUCAGGAAAGAGGUAGCACAUACUAUUCAGUGCACCCAAACACAACAAUGGGUACAGUCAAUGGCAGCAGGAAUCUUGAGAGAAGGAGCGUCAGGUACACUACCUCAGGAAAUAAGAGAAAUGAUACUAAGAAAUAGCUCUACCAGUCAGUUUGAGAAAGAUCACCAAGCCUGGUGGCAACCAGUGAAUUUUACAUACAAUCCACAACACUAGCACAUUGAGGCCUAUGUUAUCACUAUUAGUGCUGCAGAGGAGAAAGUAAUCUUUCCUGUCUUGACUUUGGGAGCUAUACAUCAAAAUGUUGUUGUUAAACCUGUAGAUCAUAAUGUUUGGGCUAGUUAUGAUAAUGCUAAGAAUAAAAGGCAAUCAGUUAGCACAGAAGCAUGUAUCCCUAAGGGACAAUUAAGAUAUAUCUGCAAAAAUGUCAUAGUAGAAGCAGAAGAUUUAUGCUUAGAUGCUGAAAACAGUGUAUGUACUUUUGAAAUACUUCCUCACAAUAGAGCUCAAUCACAAGUAUUUUAUGUAGGUAAUGGAUGUGCAUGUGUAAGAACUGUUUGUAGUGACAUCACCAUAGAUAACUGUCGUGAAGUAACCAAUAAUACUAACUUUGCAUAUGCAACUUCACUAAAAUCGUAGGCUGUAACUUUGACUAUACCGCUCCUGUAACCACUCAGCAACUAAUUGAAGCAGAAUACACUUUAUAUCAUGAUAUACCAAAGCUACAGAUAAGUAUGGAUAUUAACCUUCUUAAAAAAAUGCUCACACAUCCCAACAUAGAGAAGUUAGUUCAAGAAGUAAACAAAACGACACAACCCAUGCUGUGGCAAGUAGAGCAUGACUCAGCGGGAAUAAAGAAUAUCUUAACAAAAAUUGAACAAGUAGGGAAACACCAUUGGUGGGAUAUCUUUAUGGGAUAUUCCCCAACAGCAACCCAGAUUUUUCAUUAUUUAAUACAUCCAGUCGUGAUCAUAGCGAUAGCUAUGUUCUUGCUAACCCUUCUGAACAUAUGCCUGUGGUGUAAACUACAUAAUCACAAAGACACAAGUAAUCUGGGCAAUGAUACAAGCUUAUCAACACCCUCAAAACUAAAACUUGAUGAAAGAAUUUGUAAGUUUAAGAAAAGGGGGGAAUUGAAGCGAAGCAAGGCCUAGAAAGCAAAUGUAAUAUAGCAAUACGAAGAGCAGAGAGUUAAAUUCAAAAUGUAGAUUUUAUGCAAAGGCACAGAAAACUUGGUCUUAGAAACAGCGGAGGCAAUAAUUCGUUAACGUAUGUAGAAUACACUGACAUGAAAGAACAGAAGUAUAUGUGCUCAAGAAAACAAAGACUGAUAAAAAGGGAAAGUGAGUCAAAACAUAGGUACACCUUGCCAAGAUACCAGGAACUUCUGCCAGAUACACUAGAAAGGUAGCCAAAGUAGGGAAGUUCACAAAGUUCAUGAAGAGGAUGGAGGCUGGGCCAGGGGCUCAUAAGGAUGAAGAACAGGAACGACCCUCCUAGAUUCUCCUCAAAUUGAAGACCACACCUCUAACUCUGCCUAAACUCCACCUGUUAUGAAUAUUAUAACUAAAUGUUGCAGUUAUAUGAAUAUGUAUGUGAAAAUGUUGUAAUCACUUGUAAAAAUGGUAUAUAAUUGUCCUAGUUAGGACAGCUGAGACCAAUUCAUCAUGGUAUGGGUGUAACCCAAAACUGUGUAUUCUAUAGCCUUCCAUGCCAUUUCCCAGAAAUUGUUAGCAGUAGAGGCCUGUAGAUGUUCCUGUCCUCAUACCCUUUUACGGAAUUCCCUGCUCUGAGGGGAGGACUGAGCAUUCCUGCCUGAACUGGAGAAUAUAUAAACUUGGAGUGUUGGAACCUUUUUACCACUCAUGGGAUCCAGAGGGAGACUGCAGCUCACCGCUCUCAACCGGACUGCAGCUCACAGCUCUCCCAGACUGCAACAGCUCUCCC